AUGCCCAAGGUUCAGACCUACAAAGAACGAAAGGAGGCCUUCGUGUCCAACCUUUCCGGCGGAGAUAUACUGGAGAUUAAUGCUGUGACUCUGGUCGCAUCGUCCGCGGGGCUGCUUUGGUCUGUCCUCCAAUCCCGCAAGUCCUUUUUCACGCCCUCUGUGCCGGCCUCCGUAGUGGUAGACUUCCUCCUUAAUGUCGCCGCAAUCCUCUUCGCAACAACUCUAUACUCAUCAGUUCCUCUCCUCCUCAACGUCUUCCUCAUCUCCCCUGCAAUUUUGAUAUUGUUCGGCUCCAAAAAAUAUCAACCGACGCAGAAAGCCAAGCCUCCACCACCCGUAGGCCUGAAAUCUUCGGCUGCUGAUGGGGGAGAUGCGAAAUCAUCUUCAUAUAGACUCGAGGAUAUCCCUCUCCGACCAUUCCUUACUACGUACCGCGGCGCGAUGAUGAUAGCAACAUGCAUGGCCAUCCUUGCCGUUGACUUUCGCAUAUUUCCCCGGCGAUUCGCAAAGGUCGAGAACUGGGGCACGUCUCUUAUGGAUCUGGGAGUGGGAUCAUUUGUCUUUUCUGGGGGUGUGGUGUCUGCGCGAUCUAUCUUACGAGAACGGAGUUCCUCCUUGCGAUUCAGAUCGCUGCCCAAGAGGCUCAUGACCUCAGUCCGCCACAUGAUCCCACUUUUCGUCCUCGGUCUGGUUCGACUUUACAGCGUAAAGGGGCUGAAUUAUGCGGAACACAUCACGGAAUAUGGCGUGCAUUGGAACUUUUUCUUUACAUUGGCAUUUCUGAAUCCAUUUGUGGAGAUCUUCCAUUCGCUAACGUCUAUUAUUCCGUCAUAUGAAGCGUUAUCAUUUCUCAUAGCCAUUGGAUACCAGGUUUUGCUUGAGUCGACGGAUUUGAAGAAAUAUAUUCUAAUAUCGCCCCGAGGCCCGUCCCUCCUUUCAAAAAAUCGCGAGGGGGUAUUCUCUCUUCUCGGAUACCUAGCUAUCUUCCUCGCGGGACGCGCCACAGGUUUAAAAAUCAUGCCCCGUGAAACAUCCCCUUCCAAGACUCCAUACAAGGCGCGAAAAGCGCUUCUUAUCCGUCUAGCAAUUACGUCCAUUAUUACGACCGUGCUCUUCGUAUUUAACUCCUUCCAUGUAUUCGGUUUUGGAGCGGGCAUUCCCGUUUCCAGGCGGCUAGCGAACAUGCCUUAUAUACUCUGGGUUAUAGCAUUUAACAACGCACAACUCUUCAUUUUCUGUGUUUUUGAAACUUUGUUUUUCCCGUCUGUGUAUCAGGCGACUGACAAAGCGAGCGAGGAUGAACGGUGUCGUUUUGCAACGAGCACCAUCAUGCGUGCGUUUAAUCGCAAUGGGUUGCCAAUUUUCCUAAUUGCAAAUCUCCUUACUGGUGCGGUGAAUAUGGGGAUGAAUACCUUGGAUGCGAACAAGGCUGCGUCGAUGGCCGUCUUAGUCGCCUACGCGGCGAUCUUGACAGGGAUUGCGCUGGCUAUGGAUAGGUGGAAUUUCAAGUCGAGAUUGUGA